GCUCUCGCCUUUUUCUCUUUCCUUCCCAGAGAACCCCACCGCAGGAGUCUAUGCGAGUUGGGGCUGCUCAGAGAAACUCCAGCUUUUUCCUCGCAAACAACGGCUGAGGAGCACAGCGCAUCUGCCUGGCUGGCUGCCACCCGGCCGAGAGCGGGUCUCGGGACUCUCGGCAGCAGAAAUGCCAGCGGAAAACAAAAAACUGUUCAGGUUCCCUCCCCGCCGGCUGGCGAAUGAUGGAGGGUGAGAGGAGAAGAGAGGCCGCGGAACGCACGGUGGGCGAGAACCGACACAGCCGUGUGUCUUGUGAAGUCAGAGCGGGGUCGAGAAAAUUGUGUUCUCCAUGCAUCAUCUUCUGGGCGCCUGUUGCGAGACAGAGUCUCACACGGGCGGGACUCUGUCUGGGCAUUCUUGCGUUUUCGGUUUCUCCGUUUUCUCCCUGAAUAUGCGCCGAAACUCUUUUCUGUCCUCGUUGCGUUAACCUGUGCUGGGACUCCGAAAUUCCUGUCUCUCCCAGUGCCACCCCGUCGCCGCGUUGCAGGUAACGGUGAAAAGAGAAUUCUUUGCUUGAGCAGUCGGAGAAAUUCAGCCAAGAAAAGAUCGAUUCUCGAGGUGACGAGGAUGCCUUGCUUCCUGGAGAGCGGCAUAGUGUCCAGCCAACAGAUACACCCUGUCCUUCGGCGAUCACGUCUUCGUUUUCAGCUGGAGACCAGCCGGGGCUCUCCGGAUUUGUCUUUGGAAUUUCUUCUCUUCUGAGGUCCCUUUUUUGGGGCAGAUGAAACAGUCAAAGGGUUGCUUUCGAACCGCUGACGCUUCUUCUGCUUGUCGAUACAUCCGCUUUGGAGACAGAGAACCGACGUCUAGUUUCUCCACGCUGGACUCUUCUGGGGAAAAUCGACAUGGCCGAGACGAACGCCGCAUUUUUUCGAUUGCAAAAACGCGCAUUUCUUGCCUUCUAACUUCUGAACGAGAAGUCGCCCCCGUGUGCGUUUCGAAUUGUCGGGACUUCCACCCCCCACCUCCGUUGUGUGGCCUCCCAGUUUCUGUCGCCCCGGUGUCUCUUGCUGACUCUUUCUCGCUUCGGACUCCCCCGGUUGCCUUCCCUACGUGGCCUGUCAAUUUCAUGCGUCGCUGCGCAUGCGCGCAAGAGGCGACGGCGAUCUGUUGCUCCAUUUAGAAACAAGGUUGGAAGCAGCGGACCGGGACACUGCCGACUUGCAAAGUCUGCCCCGCACAAUGCACGUAAACUCUUGCCGAUGGUCUGCAAAUGCGUUUCUGAAUCGAGGGGAAUCUGACAGGGCCGCUCUCCCCACAGUCUGGCCCUUGACGGCUGACCUGGUUUUGCGACCACAAGCCUCCGAGAAGGCUGCUUCGUCCGCCUUCUCCACUUCCUGAGUGGCACCGGCGCCUCAUGGCUGCCAGGCUCCCUUCUGGGUGGCAUCGUUUCUCUCAUUGUCUCUCUCGGAAGCGGCCUCGCCAUGCCUGCGUCCUGCUCGCUCUCCACCUCCUUCUUGCCUUCCAGAGCCUCUGUGAGAGUCACACUCAGCCACGAGGUCCCUCCUUCUCCCUGCCGGCGUCCACUUCCUUCUCUUCUCUCUUUCUGCGUUCAAAAACGCUUCCUUCCUACGCCUUCGCAGGACGCGAACACGAUGGAGACGCUCCGCCGAAGCAGCUGAUCUCGGCUACCUGGGCCGCGGGCAACCCAGCCGGCGCGUGGUCGCCCGGCCCUGCGCCAGCUGCAACUGGACGGACCUGCAAGGAAAGAGGGCCUCCGACUGACGGGGAGGAAUGCGUAUCCAGCAUUUGCAAUGAUCAACUGCGCGGGAUGCGUGAGAGGCGGCAUGUGCCUUUCCUCGUCUCCGCGGGAUGCCGGAAUGUGUACCACGAGGCAGUGAGAAGCUUUGGAGAGGCGUCUUCGAAGGCGAAGCGAGCAAACAAACGCUGUGCUCUGUUUUCGUCGCUGCGCUGCCUCUUCCCGCUCUUUCUCACGUCGCCUUCGUUGUCUUUCCAGUUCUCCGACUUGCCGACGGCAGCGUCUCUGUGCUCGCGCAUGUCUGCCGAGCGCUCGCAGACUCGUUGCGAGACCUUCACAGCCGUACGGAGUUGUCGUCUCCUCUGGAAGUCUUCCAACCGGCUGUCUGACGUCGCUGGACAUCAACUGGUCCUGGCGGCGCGCAGCAACAUGCCCUCGAGCUCUCCUUUGCUCUUCGCGGAGAGGAAUCGCCGACCCGUUGGGCGGCAACAAGCCGCAACCUUCGCUCUUCCAUUCUCCCUUCCUCUUACGGCUGAAGACAGCAGAACACUGCCCCAGAGGACGUCUCAGAGUCCAGAGUGCCUCCUAGGGAAAUGUUCACAGAACCGUUGUGGAGGUGGUGCGAAUCCUUCAAGGAGUUUGACGAAGGCCGCCGCGCACCGGGGCAGCCCAGGGGAGAAACUUCGGAACGAACGCGCGUCGGAGACACUUCGUCGUCAAGGAGACGAACAGGAACGACUGAAGCGGCUUGAGACCCCUCGCGAACCGAUGGGCGCGAAUUCCGGGAGCAAAGAUACCAAGAGCCAGAAGGCCCCGUUCUCCGACACGGUUCUUCUCCCGGUCACAAAGUUCAGAUUGAAGAGCAAUAAUCUGAAAACGGAGGAAGCCGUUCAGCGUCUGUGGCGAAGCCAGCAGGUUUACGAGCGUCUUCUGCGUCGGCUUUUUCUCGAGCAGGGGCGCACCGACGAGGAGGACGGGGCGCGCCAGUCCGGCGAGGAAAGCAGAGACUCGCGAGACUCGCGAGACUCGCGUGGAUGUCCCUGUGGGCUUUGCACGACGCUUUCGUUCGAAGAGAGACACCAGCCGUCUCCGCUGCUGCCGGUCGGAAGAAGGAGACCGCAGGAGAGCGACGCCGGCACAAGAGAGACUUCCUGUGUCGACCCGUCUGCGUCUGAAUCCCCGAAGCCACCUGUUUGUGCCUCAGGCCGCGCCGCCUCGCCGGUUUACCUCCUCCUCGACGGACCUCCCUAUGCGAACGGAGACGCACACAUGGGGCAUGCUCUGAACAAAUCGUUGAAGGAUUUCGUAACUCGGUUUUUCCUCCUUCGCCGCAGAUGCAUCCACAUGCUGCCGGGCUGGGACUGCCACGGCCUGCCCAUCGAGCUCAAGGCGGCGGCGCAGCUGCGGUGCGGCACAGAGGCGAAUGCGCAGCUCCCGAGUCCAGCGAACGAAGAGAACAUUCUCGUCGCAGAGGUCGAGAAGCGACGUCGCGGGGCGCCCGAGGAGACCACUGACUCUCUGAGUUCCACAGCGGCGAAGCGCGCGGAGCCGGCGACCCUCGACGCUACGCUGCAGGGGUGCGAGACGCGCAGGAGUUUGCGGGAGGCCCCCUGCAGUGCGUCGAGACUCGGUGACGUGAGGUGUGCCGACUCAGAGCAGGAGCGGAGGAAAGAAGGCGAGACAGAGAGGUGCAGACAGGAGACAAUUGAGAAGGAGAUCGACGUGAAGGCGAUGAGGCAACAGGCUCGGCGAGUAGCAGAAGAAGCCAUUCAGGCCCAGAAAAGAGACUUCCAGAGAUUUGGCGUCUGGGCACACUGGGAGAAGCCGUACCUCACCUAUGACCGGAAUUACGAGGCGACGGAACUCGAGAUGUUUCGACGAAUGUGGCGACUCGGCUUUGUCUACGAGGGCGUGCGACCGGUGUUUUGGUCCCCGUCAGCUAGGACAGCUCUUGCAGACGCGGAGGUCGAGCAUCUACCGCGAGUGUCGCGGAGUCUCUACUGUGCCUUGGCUCUCGAUCUGUCUUCAACUGCUUCGCAUGCAAAGGAGCCAAGGAACGGAGACGGCAGGACAGAAGAGGACACAAGAGAGUUUCUCGCCUCUGCGUUUCCGUCCUUCGAGCCGUGUGAGGAUUGGGAGGGCGCACAGAGUGCCGAGAGCAGAGAGGCGAAGGAAGCGCGGGGCUCGGGGCCGCUUUGCCGCUCUCCAAUUGCCGCUCCUGAGGGCGGUUCUGGGGCAGACGAGACGCAGAAGCAUCUGCGGAAGGGGAGAGUGGAGGAAAAGGAGGAAAACGGAGUCUCGCUGUCUGACGAAGCUGCAAGGACGCGACACCCCACCCGAAUUGCCCUGCUCAUCUGGACCACGACGCCCUACACACUGCCCGCGAACCACGCUGUGGCUGUGCACGGAGAGAGGCCGUACGCACUUGUCGAGAUUCUCAAACCGGUCUGUGGAGACGCGACACGAGGGAGAAUUGCUUCUGUGGCUGCUGAGGCGACCCCCGGACCGGGAGCCAGAGCUCCGGCAAACGCUCGUGAAGAGGAAUCUGUCUUUUCGCAGGAGCUGACGGAGGCCGUUCCGCGCUUCCCACAGGCUUCAGGCGCGUCGGCUGUGGGCGCGGUGCAUGCCUCUGAGUCCACUGACGAGGUCGCGGCUUCUUCUGCUGGAGCCUCCACGUCUCACAACAGCGCCAGAGCGCAGGAAUCUGAAGAAGAUGGAAAGCGGACAGAGUGCGAGCCACCGCCGACUGAGACAUGCACACGGGAGAUCUGGGUCGUAGCGGAAGAGGCUGUGGAGCGAACGAUGAAGGCGCUGUCGAUCUCGCGUUUCAGAAAACGAGAAACCUCCGCGAAUGGCGCUCUUCAAGGGAGACCGUGCGGGGCAGACGGACUCGCAGAGACAGUGAGAGGAGACCCGAAGAGGAUCGCGACAGACGCCCCCGCGGAAGAGGCUGGGGAUGUGACGAGAGACAGAGUGGCGGAGAGCCGAGACGACGCAUGCAAGCAGGGAACGAAGGACCACAGCGAAGAAACCUUCUUCAGAGUUCUGGGGAGAAUAAGCGGCAAAGACCUCGUUGGCAGAAGAUACGCGCAUCCGGUGCUGGCGCACCAAAAACGAGAAGUCAUUCGGGGCGACUCUCUCGUCCGCGAGCAGAAGGGGACGGGUGUGGUGCAUGUAGCACCCGGCCAUGGCUUCGACGAUUUCGUCCUCGUUCGGGGUUUGCUGGGCCAGCAGAAACGCGACGACGAAGCAGCGACAAAAUCGACAGAAACAGAACUUUUGGAUAAGUCUUUGGUGACCGACCCAACCAACGCAUUGAGGAGCCAAACCUCUGCAUGCAGUGAAAGUCUUUUUCCAAGCCCUGUAGACGAGGCAGGCAAGUUUACAAACGACGUCGGCGUCGACGAACUGCGAGGCCUCGAGGUGUACGGCGAGGGCGAAAGGCGCGUUAUACAGCUGCUCCAGAGAAGCGGCGUUCUUGUCAAAGAGGUUCCCUUCCCUCACUUGUAUCCUCACGACUGGAGAACGAAACAGCCACUGAUCUGCCGCACCGCGUCUCAAGUAUUUUUGCGUUUGGAUCGCAUUCGAGAUGUUGCUCUGGACCGCAUCAAGCGCGUCCACUUUAUGCCGUAUUCGGGUCAGAUUCCGCCGACCGCUUCUCUCGCCGGCAUCCCCUGCUUCCCCACGUCGGCUUAUACUCGGAUGCGGGCCGCCCUCGAGAGCAGACAGGGCGACUGGUGUCUCUCCCGGCAGCGUCAAUGGGGGCUUCCGCUUCCGUUCUUCAGGCUGCAGAGAGGCCAAGCAGAGCCUGCGGGUGGUGACGAGCCUCCCCGCAGUGGAGGCGAAUCUGAAAGAGUUCAGGGAGUGGCGCAGAGUCGCGAUCCCUCAGAAGAACCUCUUUUUGGAGACAUAGACACCUUUGAAGCAAUUGCGCGGAAAAUCCGGGAGGAAGGAAGCGACGCCUGGUGGACAAGUGCACACCCCGCGUCCUGGCUCCCCCCACAACACAGAAACCUCGCCGCUUCACUGUCGCCCGUUUCCGACACUUUCGACAUCUGGUUUGAUGCCGGCUGUGCAUGGAAGCCAGCUCGGGAGUUUCUUCGCUGCUGGAUGGAUGCGACGACGCAGAACGGCGAGGACGAAAACGCGACUGAAGCAGGUGACGAUGCAGAUCGCGCUCGGAAGGAGAGACGCGAGACCGACUGGAGCCAAGCGCGAGAAGGCGGCGAUGCUUGCGCUUCGAUGAAACAGCGGAGAAAGCAAGAGAAAGAAGUCGACAUCAAAACCAUCGUCGUGGAGGGCACCGACCAACACCGGGGCUGGUUCCAGGCUCUGAUGUUGACACAUGCAGCCAUGACCGUUCGAAACGCAGACGCACAGCCGAGAGGAGCGCUGACGAGACAGGCGUCGGGCGAUUGCGAGAAGACGCGCGAGAGCGAAAGGCAGUGUCCGCCAAAACGCAGCGAAGAAGGACCGGCUGGAAACCAAGAGGGAGAAGACGCGACGGAGGGAGAGGAAGAAGAAGGGAAAACAAAGACGCAUGCAAAGGAAACUCGAGAGACACAGGAGCAACCAUUCGACAUCGUUGUGACCCAUGGAUUCGUCUUAGAUGGAAAGGGCCGGAAGAUGAGCAAAUCUCUUAACAACGUUUUUUCGCCUCGUCUGUUCUUCCCUCCACGAUCCUCCCUGCCAACGAAAAAGGUGCCUUCUGUCCAUCGGCCUUCUGCGUCUCUUCCCUCUUCUUCUUCGUCUGCACCUUCUGCUUCCUGUGGUCCUUGUUUCGCGUCUGAAUCGGCGGCUUCGUCUGUGUCUUUCCCCUCUCUGGAGCUGCCGUUCUACGGUGCGGAUGUCCUUCGCUUGUUCAUUGCCGCCUCGAACUACGGGCGGGAUCUCCUUUUGCAUGUGCCAGAGUCUUCGGGCGAGUCGCCGCCCUCGCCGUCGACCUCCGGAGCUGGCCACGGGGCUUCGCUUUCAUCUUCUGGUUCUUCGCCGUCGUCUCGGGAGGAGGCCGCGCCACAAGGCGAGGCUGCCAGCAGGCGCGCGUCAACGCGCAGAACGCGAGAAAACGCUCUGAAAAGAUCUCCAGCAGGGACGCCUCUCGAUCAAGCUGCUUCAGCCUACGGGAAGCUACGUGGAAGUUUCCGGUUUCUGUUGGGCAACUUGCAAGACUUCCUUCCACAUCGCGACGCGAUUCGCGACGACAAGCUGCCUUUCCUCGAUCGCGCACUGCUUCGAGAACUUCAGGGCCUCGUGGAUCAAACAACGCAGGCGUACGAGCUCUUUGACUUCUCCCGAGCAGUACGGGGCAUCCUUGCCUUCCUUGCAGAUCCGUUUUCCAGCUUCUACCUCGAAGUUGCGAAAGACCGUCUCUACGUCUCUGCGCGAGACAGCUUUCGCCGCCGCUCCUGUCAGACUGUCCUGGCGAUCGUCUUUUUGACUCUCGCCAAGCUCGUCGCCCCGAUCGUGCCGCAUCUCGCGGAAGAAGCCUUUCUCCGUCUGCCGCGCGCUCUUCGCGAUCACGUGCAGAGGUUCGCGGAGCGUGGAGACACCGACUGCAAGAGGCUCCGGCAGGGCGGAGUCGACGCAACAGAAAGAAACCACGGAGGGAACGGAGAGAAAAGAGUCGAGGAGGAGAACGGAGAGAAGAACGCGAUGGGUGCUGCUUCAGGCGCACCUGACAUGGUCGACUGCAAUCGAGAGCAACCAGGAGAAAAAACAUCUUUUACCUCGCUCUUUGAUACGGGGUGGCCGCGUCUGCAGCUGCGGUCGGCUUCGUCUUGGGCGCCUUCCGUGAAUUCCGAGACAGAAAGCAGAGAAGUCGUUUUUGAGGAACGCGGUGCGCAACGUCAAGCGCUGGAAGACCGACGUCCUCCGGAUACAGACGAAGCCGUUGCUCUGUGGCAAACGCUGGUGCACAUACGGCGAGAAACGAACCGCCUUCUCGAAGUUCCCCGUCGGAAGAACUCGAGGAAGCGGGUGACGGACCGAAGCCCAGAGAGCGCGAGAAGAGAACGUCGCCCCAGCGAGACACAAUUCGCACGGCGACAAGGAGACACGACGACCACAGAGCACACGACGCGAGGAAAGGUAGCAGAGAGUGCAGCAGAGAAGGCGAAAGAGGAGACGAAAGAGACGCCACCCAAGGGUCAAGGUCGGAUGGAAGAGGAAGUACGAACGCGUUGCGAUGGGAGACUAAGGAUCACGACAACGGAUCCGCUGCUGUACCGUCGCCUGCUCGUCUUCUCCUCUUCCUCGCCGCUGUUACACGCCGCGGAAAGCGACGGCCGUAGAGCCCCACAAAGAGAAUCAGAGAAAGGACAAGCGGAGAAACGAGGAACCGAGACGAAAGACACCGCAGGAGAAGAAAGCGGAGGAGACAGAGAACGUGCGUCGCAGGCGGCCAGAGAAGGCUACAGAGGAGAGGAGGCAAGUGGUGCAAAGACGGUUGCUGACCAAGCGACGACUUCUCGGAUGCUUCCAAUGACAGGAUGGGAGAAGGCCGGCUCUGCCAAGCAGAGCGGGGACGAGCGCGGGGCUCGACGCAGUCCAGAGAGCGACGAAAGUCCUCGUGUUGUUCCAGAUGUUGAUGAUCUCAGAUGGAUGCUGCAGUUCUCGCAAGUCGAGGUGGUACUUUGUCAACAUGAAUGCCGGAGCCAAGUCGGCGAAGAUGACGGAGAAGAACAAGGAGAAGCUCGCGAGCACGAACAAGCUGCUGCUGUCCUCCCCUUUGAGGCAAGCGCCUCUGGAACUGUGAUGUUGGAACUGUUUCUCGCGUCUGGGAGACGGUGCUCAAGGUGCUGGAUGCGUUCGCCGUUGGUACAAGGUGCGCAAGAAGCUGCGUCGUUCGACUGCUUUGCUGUCGCACCCUCGUCCGCUUCGCAGACUGUUUCUGGAGACUCUGGAGAUGGCGAAAACGACUCGUCUUCUCCGCGGCUGUGUCCGCGGUGCGUUGAGGCGAUUGCGGCAAAUGAGCGAAAAACAGAGACAGGGGGCCAGUCAUGAACCGCGGCGGAGGGCGCGCUAGAGUGAAGGAAGAGCUCUCGGGAUGGGAUGCAUGCAGACUCGAGACUUCUGCGUCGGUUUGUACAAGCGCCAAGACGCGGGGUGACAGGUGGGCGGAGCCUGCUGCCGCACGCGUCCUCUUUUUUAUUGCCGCUAAAAAAGCAACAGGCACGCCCAGGAGGCAGACGGGAACGCGGCGCCCGCGGCGAGGGCGCGAGACGCGUCGGCGGUUAACUCAACCUGCUGCCGAUGUCUUCCGCGGAAAGACAGCCUUGCACUGACCAGACAGUCUCACCGUCUCCGUGUCCGUACGCAUACCCAGAAAUAUAUAUAUAUAUAUAUAUAU